UUGAGCUACAGAAUCAGCGUAUAGGUAGAACCACUCAAGAAAUUAGAAUGCUGUAUUGUCCACCCCACCCUCACUACCCUUCGCUCCCUCCAUAUCCUAACUCUACCACCAUCUCCUCCUCUCUCAACCAUUCCAACGAAGACCGUCUUCUCCUCCGCAGGCACAACUCCAAAUCCACCGUCCUUCUCCUCCGCCACCUCUCCCCUUCCCAAGACCCCUCUCCCGAGCCACCUCCCCAAUACCGACACCAGGACCACUCUAUUCCUGAACGGCAAGAAGAUGACCAAUCCCAGCUUCUACAACUCUCUCUCGCAAGCAAGCGCACCCCACAGUUCCCCGGCUCCAUCUACGUCCAGUCCCCCAGCGACCCCGAUGUUCAUACUUCUCUGCCGCCUCUGCGGACCCUAUUGCAAGGCGAGGCUGGCGGUGAGGAGGAAGACGACCACAAGGUUAUAGCUCGGGCCCUAGAGAUUCGCCGCAAGGUCACCGCUGAGAUUUUCAAGGAAGCCAUGCGAAAGGGCAAGUUUGGAAUCACUUACACGACCAAUUUGACUAAUAGGCUCGCUGCUUUCAUUGAUUAUGUCAUGGUCGAGGCCGCGGCCAUGAAGCGCUUGCCUGAGUUCUCCGAAUCCACAUUCAACUUCCGGGCCAAAACCGUCAUUCAGGACUCUAACGUAGUGCCCCUUAUAAGGUGGUUAAAACAUAAUUCAGUGUCGUAUCCGAAAAUCGGGAAGCUGAUUUCGAUGUCAAGGGGGAAGAUUGAGUCCAUAAGACGUGUAGUUGAGUGGUUGAAGUCGAUUCAUGUCAAGGGGGAAUUUCUUGGGGUUACGCUCACCAAAGCCGGCGAGAAUCUUUUGGAGCUCAGCAAUGAUGAAUUGGAAGAGAUCGUUGAUUAUCUAGAGAGCAAUGGAGUUAGGAGGGUUUGGAUGGGUUAUGUCGUGAGCCGGUGUCCCCAGUUGUUGUCUUACAGCAUGGAAGAAUUGCGAUCACGUGUCCAGUUAUUCUUGGAUAUGGGUAUGAAUGACAAGGAUUUUGGAACGAUGGUCUUCGAUUAUCCCAGGGUACUUGGCUACUAUACCAUGGAAGAGAUGACUGAAAAGGUUCGUUAUCUAAAGGAAUUUGGACUUUGUACUGAGGAGGUUGGCAAAUUACUAGCAUUUAAACCAUAUUUGAUGGGCUGUGGCAUUGAAGAAAGAUGGAAGCCUCUUGUUAAAUAUCUGUACUACCACGGGAUUUCCCGUGAUGGUAUGAAGAGAAUGCUUAUGGUUAAGCCAAUAAUUUUCUGUGUAGAUUUGGAGGCGACCAUUGUGCCAAAGGUGCAAUUUUUUAAGGACAUAGGCAUUCGAGGUGAUGCAAUUGGCAACAUGCUUGUAAAGUUUCCUUCAUUACUAACAUACAGUCUCCACAAGAAGAUCCGACCUGUGGUCAUUUUCUUGAUGACUAACGCUGGGGUCAGUGAGAAGGAUAUUGGGAAGGUUAUAGCUCUGGCACCAGAACUCUUGGGUUGCAGCAUAGUGAAAAAGCUCGAGGGUAAUGUGAAAUAUUUUCUGUCACUUGGCAUACAUGCUCGACAACUGGGUGAGAUGAUUGCUGAUUUUCCCAUGCUACUCCGGUACAACAUAGAUGUCCUCCGUCCCAAGUAUCGUUACUUGAGGAGAACUAUGAUCCGCCCUCUGCAAGAUCUCAUUGAGUUUCCCAGGUUUUUUAGCUAUUCUCUUGAUGGCCGAAUAAUUCCAAGGCACAAGAUUUUGGUGGAGAAGCAGAUAAACUUAAAGCUGCGCUACAUGUUGGCUAGCACUGAUGAAGAGUUUGAGAAAAAGGUUGAAGCUAUUGUAGAGAAGCGUAGAAGGUUUGAAGCUGGUCUUAUCUAUGGCGAUCUCUCAGCUUCCCAGGCAACCGACGAUCCUGCAGAGAAUGUUAACACCUCUGUGGUAGUGAGGCAAGAGAGUAAUUAUGAAACUCAAUCCAUCUAAGGGCGAUGGCAUGCUAAUAAUUUGUGUUUUGAGGUCAAAACCAGCGGAUCCCAGAAUGUUGGGUGUUCUUGGAAGGUAAUAGACGCGUGCUUCAGGAAUGCAGAAUGACAUGCAUUCUGCGAUAAAAAUUGGCAAACCCUUUGAGAGCGAGAGAGAGAUGCAUUCACGGAAACACGACGGUAGUCUUCUUGCGAAAGGAAAAACAACUUCCUUUACGAGGAUGAGACUCCAGUCCUGCGAACCGUAUAUAGUCACGACUCACGACUCCUUUAUGCAGGUCAGCACUCUACCCGAGGUUCAAGCUCCAUCACAGCUCGUGUUAUCUUCCGUAGUGGCAGCGCCAUGUUUCUGCAGACGCCCCUUUGGCAUUUCCUUUACUUUGAUGUUAGAAAAGAAGAAAUGGUAGUGCAAUUAACAUAGUUCUUCUCCUAUUUUUAACAUCAAAUCGAUAACUAGGGUUUGAAUUUUA